GGCGGAUGUUUCGUGUCGGUAGCACUUGAAAUAUUUUUUUUAUUACUUUUUUAAACCUUAGUAGAAUUGUAUGAGCUAAAAUAUGUAAAAGUUUAUGCGAAAUUAUUCUUAAAAUAUGUGUUUCAAAACGGAGUUUUAUUUUUUGAUGAAGCUGAGGAACACAAAUAUUUUACACAUUAAGCGAAGACUUACUCAGUAGAUAACAAGAGAGUGCUGUGUUGUAUAUACGGGUGAUGUGUGAUGUGUUCACAUUGUUACAAAGUCGAGGUUUUGGAAGGAAUUUGUGUAACAUUAAUAUAAUUAAUUUCGAAAUAUUAAAACGCUAUAAUUGCAAUCAUACAAUAACUCCGAAGGGCGUCACUUCAUUGGGAUAUAUAUUGAUUCCUUGAAGAAUUCAUUUCAAUUUGGAAUCUUUAAAACUAUACAUAUCAAAAGUGAAUGAUAGAAUAAUGCCUUGAAACUGAGAAGUACUAAAGGUAAAGCCUUGUUUGUGGACAUUGUUGAUAAAAAGAAUGAAUAAACUGGAAUAUAAUCGUCGUAAUGGAGCGCACAAAAUCCGAAUUACAAUAUUGUGUGCUAGAUCUUUAAUACGGAAGGAUUUGUUUCGUCUUCCUGAUCCUUUUGCCAAAAUCCAAGUUGAAGGUUCAGGUUCGGCGCAGGUUUUUUCAACUGACGUUUGUAAAUCUACUCUUGAUCCGAAAUGGAAUGCUCAUUAUGACUUGUUUUUGGGGAGAACAGAUGUGAUAACGAUAACUGUUUGGAACCAACGAAAAAUUCAUAAGGGCAGUGGUUUUCUAGGAUGCCUUCGAAUUUCUCCAGAGAUGAUCCAACGUUUAAAAGGAGCUGGUUAUCAACGUUUAGACUUAGGUAAAAUAUCUUCUGAUGACGAUGAACUGGUACGGGGACAAAUUAUAAUAGCGCUGCUUUCAAAAGACGGUUCUUGUAGUGGGAACCCAUUGGCUAUUGUUGGUCCAGCAGGUGACGUUCGGGGACCUUCUGAAGAUGAUUCAUCUGAGGGAAAUCUCCCGGACGGAUGGGAGGAACGGCGAACUACUAAUGGAAGACUCUACUACGUAAAUCAUACUACUAAAACAACACAAUGGGAUCGACCAAACACCACUUAUCAAUUUACGCAUUCACCACAAAAUAAUUCGAUAUAUCCGGCUGGUCCGAUACGGUCGACGACGUGCACGAAUCUGUUAAAUGGCAAUAGCAGUCGAAAUGGCCGGGAACUUGAUGAGCGUCGUCAUUCUACAGAAAUUCUUCUUACUAAUACUAAUCUUAGCCUUGGUAAGGAGAACUGUAGUCCUAUGCGAAUUGAAGGCGUUGAUCCUCCACAUGUAUUAGUAUCGGCGAACAAGAAACAUAAUUCGGCUGCACAAAGCUCUGCGAGUGGCUCACAGCCUGCUAAAAAUUCUUCUACAACAGCUGCACCAAUUAUCAAUGGGAAUAUAAAUACACUUGAAAAGCUGCCAAUCGUUCAGCGAUCGUCAAACGAGAUUGCAUCGUUGGCGCCAUUGCCGACUACUAGCACGUCCCAGCAAUCGGCCGAGUAUCUUCCCAAAAUACCAAAGCACCUGUCCGCAACAACUACUCUUGCCAAUGGACAGCACAAUCAAAGUGAGCCAAUAAAUGCGUCAAAGGUGUUAGCUAACCUUCCAAAGUCUCCUCAACAUAUUACAAUUCAAAAUGGACAAGAAUCCCCAGCUAAUAAUGCACAAGUGGACAAUAUCCAUGGGACACAAGUACAAUCAAAGCUCUGUACAAGCACAACAGGUAGUUGUUGGAGCGAAUGCGAACAUGCAAAUAUAUCAGACAGUGGUAGAGGAACGAGUCCCAAUAACGUUGUUCGUCAGAGCCCUAAUGGAACAGCGCAAAAGAGUUCGCUUAGUCAGUCUACUGUAUCCAGCUCAAAUGAGUUACCAAGCACAAAUCAAUCAGAUGGGCGAGACCGAGGAACGGAAUCAUCAUUACCGGAAGCUAAUACGUCUUCUUCGUCUCCUUUUUCGCUCACACCUGCAAUUGGGGCAACAGAAAAUGUGAAUCAACGUUCACAAAGGCGAUCUUCCCGUACCACUGAAGAUUCCUCAAGAAGACGAUUACCGAGGAGCACCCGAGCAAGUAACACCACAUCUAGACAUACUGCAACUGCUUGCUCUUCUGGACAAGCGACACGUCCUUUUAUGGAUUUGCCUCCAGGAUACGAGAUGCGUAUUACCCAGCAAGGUCAAGUUUAUUUUUAUCAUAUACCCACAAAUAUUUCAACAUGGCACGAUCCAAGAAUUCCCCGCGACUUUCAUUCGGAAAAUUUAACCUUAGAUUCGAUUGGACCUCUUCCGAGCGGGUGGGAACAGCGUAAAACUGCCUCGGGGCGUGUUUAUUUUGUUGAUCAUAACAAUAGAACGACGCAAUUUACGGAUCCUAGAUUAAAUGGCAAUAUUCUUCACAUGAUACGACGAGGCGUUGUCUCAGUUACAAAUAGUAACAAUAACGUCGUUUCUACAGCAUCGUCUCCAAGUCAUAAUGCGUCUGGUAAUAGUAGCAUUAUUCAACAUUUACCUGCAACGGUUACUCAUUCUUCGUCAACUUCGGUAAGUUCUUAUCAUCGUUCUCCUUCGUCUUCUAAUGCAGAAGGACGAAAUGCGCAACUUGCUGAUUUACCACAAGGACUUCUAGACGGUACUGAUUUAUUACCUAAAUAUCGGCGGGAUCUUGUUGGAAAGCUGCGAGCAUUACGUACAGAAUUACAAGCCCUGCAGCCACAAUCCGGACAUUGCCGUUUAGAAGUAUCUCGUAACGAAGUUUUUGAGGAAAGCUAUAGGCUAAUAAUGAAGAUGCGCCCAAAAGAUAUGCGUAAACGAUUGAUGGUUAAGUUUAAAGGAGAAGAAGGUUUGGACUAUGGGGGAGUUGCGCGUGAAUGGUUGCAUUUGCUGUCCCGUGAAAUGCUGAACCCACAGUAUGGUUUAUUCCAAUAUAGCCGUGAUGACCACUAUACACUGCAAAUCAAUCCCGAUUCUAGUGUUAACCCCGAUCAUCUUUCGUACUUUCAUUUUGUUGGUCGCAUUCUCGGAAUUGCUGUAUUUCAUGGUCACUGCUUAGACGGUGGAUUCACGACACCUUUUUAUAAGCAGUUGCUCAAUAAACCAAUCACUUUAAAUGAUAUUGAAGGAGUUGAUCCGGAUUUGCACAGAAGCUUAACAUGGAUUCUGGAGAACAAUAUUAAUAAUGUUAUUGAAUCAACAUUCAGCGUGGAGAACAAUAGCUUUGGCGCACUCGUAGUACAUGAGCUAAAGCCUUCCGGAGCGUCGAUAAAUGUUACUGAAGAGAACAAACGAGAAUAUGUGAAACUUUAUGUUAAUUAUCGAUUUAUGAGAGGUAUAGAGCAGCAGUUUCUAGCUUUGCACAAAGGAUUCAGUGAAUUGAUACCCAACCAUUUAUUGCGACCAUUCGAUGAACGCGAGUUGGAGUUGGUGAUUGGCGGAAUUUCAAGCAUAGAUGUAAAUGACUGGCGCAACAAUACUAGACUGAAGCAUUGCACGUCUGAUACGCCUCAAGUAGCAUGGUUUUGGCAAGUUGUUGAGGCAUACUCUUCGGAAAUGCGAGCACGUCUCUUACAAUUUGUUACGGGUUCGUCGCGUGUACCACUGCAAGGAUUUCGGGCUUUGCAAGGUUCCACAGGAGCCGUAGGACCUAGACUUUUCACAAUUCAUUUAACCGAAGACGUUCCCACUCAAAAUCUGCCAAAAGCCCACACAUGCUUCAAUAGAAUCGACUUGCCGCCUUAUGAGAAUUACCAACUACUUUACGAUAAACUUACCCAAGCCGUAGAGGAAACAUGUGGAUUUGCCGUUGAAUAAUACCUGGAUGUGCCCUUUUCCCCGUUUCUUUAAAGAAGUAGAACAAAGACGAAUUAAAAAUAAUAUAUUUUAAAUUCGGAACUAUAUAGAUG